AUAGGAUCAAAUAUAUUAUUUUGCUAUAAUGUCCACCCAAGAUCAAGAACAAAAGAAUGGUGCUGGUGACUCCAACAUCAUGAUGAUGAUUCAUUCUCAAUCUAACCAAAACCAAGGUAUGGCCAUGACCCAAAUGACUCAAGGAGCUGGUGCCACACAAUCAACACAAGUUACCAGUGAAGUUGAAUCACCACCACAAUCUGGAAGUAACUCCAAGAAGAGAGCAGGACGUAGGAAAAUUAACAUUGAAUUCAUUCAAGAUAAAUCUCGUAGACACAUUACUUUCUCCAAGAGAAAGGCAGGUAUCAUGAAGAAGGCUUACGAACUUUCUACAUUGACUGGUACUCAAGUUCUGCUGCUAGUUGCUUCUGAAACUGGUCACGUUUACACAUUUGCUACUCCAAAGCUUCAACCUCUCAUCACUCAAACUGAAGGUAAAAACCUUAUCCAACAAUGUCUCAAUGCCCCAGAAGCUUCCCAACAACAAAUGAUGGGAGGUGGUGAUGAAGACGAAGAUGAAGAAGGUGACGAAGAUGAAUAUCAAGGAAUGAUGGGAAAUCCACAAAUGAUGGGCAACCCUCAAAUGAUGGGAAAUCCUCAAGGAAUGGGUAAUCCACAAAUGAUGAGUCAACACAGUGGUCAACCAAUGAUGAAUCAACAAAACCAACACAUGGCUGGAGGUAUGCCUCAAACUCAACACAUGGGACAAGGCUCUCAACAGGUUCCUCAAAAUCAAAAUCAAUACUAUAACCAACAAUCCCAAGCUCAACAAUCCACUUUGCCACCACAACGUAUGAUGAACCAACAAGCCAAUUCAAAUAAUGGUAUGGGACAUUUUCAAGUUCCAAUGAACAACCAAUCUCAAGCCCAAGGUGGUGGUCAUCAACCUCAUUAUAACUUCUAAGCUAGAUUCAUAUGUGUACACUAAAGUAUUAAAAAACAAAUAAAUUAUUAUUCUCU